UUCCUACGCUUCUUACGUAGGCCAUUCCCGCCGCGUUUACGGCCGCCUCCGAGGGUAGCGGCAGCCCCGUCAGUCAGGCCCGUUUUCCGCCUUUCUUUAAUUAUUUCUGUCGGUGUGACUGCGGCGGGUAAACACUCCGAUGGUCGUCGAGCCCGCGCGGCACUGAAGGACUGCACAGGCUCGGAGCUCCACCGCAGACAUGGCUCGCCCUCGGCCGCGGGACUACAAGGCAGGAGAUUUGGUUUUCGCGAAGAUGAAGGGAUACCCGCACUGGCCGGCCAGGAUUGAUGAGCUUCCUGAAGGAGCCGUCAAGCCACCUGCCAACAAAUACCCCAUCUUCUUCUUCGGGACCCACGAAACUGCAUUCUUGGGUCCAAAGGAUCUUCUUCCCUACAAGGAGUACAAAGACAAAUUUGGCAAAUCCAACAAGAGGAAAGGAUUCAACGAGGGCCUGUGGGAGAUUGAGAACAACCCCGGAGUGAAGUUCACCGGCUAUCAGAAAUCCUCAAAGCUGUCGAGGAUCUCGUCUGGAGAGGACGACCUGGGGAAAGACGGGAAGGAUGAUGACCAGAAGAGCGGCUCGGAGGGAGGGGACCCUGACAACGACCUCAUGCAGAACACCACCGACAGUAAGAACCAGCUGCUCUUAGAGGAACACUAGAGGGGAAAUCGUCGUGUGUAGCUGCGACGUUGGGACGGUGACCCCACGACAUGAUUUCUCAUCAGCACCACCUGCUGGCUGCCAUCGACACCUCCACUUCCUGUUCUUCAGUGUGUGUUUGUAUGAAAGAUGCACCCUUACUGAUGCUGGUAUCAGCCUCCACGUUGGUACCAGGCUUGAGACUGGGCAUUACGUCACACGGGUUAUUUCUCAGCACUCUCACUUAAUCCCAGGAGAAGCCUCGAAAAUCAACGGCUGAAGGUUGUAAUUAGUUUCACGCGAUGAUUUGAAGGAUAUUUUAAGUGGCAUUAAGUACAUGUAAACCUUUAGGAGCUUCGAUACCAUAACGUGUGUUUUUAAUGGAGCUUUAAUUUUGAUUUGAUUUGUUUCUACUCGGCCUGAGGCGACAGCGAUGUGUUUUAAUCUACUGUGUUUAAGCUUCGCGUCUCAUAAAGUUUUAGCUUUAGUCCGAACCGUGAAUCUCAGACGGACACGCAGAUCUGAGCAACAGCUGCGUUAGCCAAUCGGUGUUUGUGAUGUCAUCACAGAGCGCUCUCCUGCCAACAUCGACAACAUUUAAAAACCACCGAAUAUAAAUAAAUAUUUUUUGUGAUUCAGCGUGUUAAUAAUAAAAACUUGGAUUAGUUACAAAGUAACAAAUUAUUCUUUCGACUAUGCAAAAAUUAAAAAGUCAAACUAAGCACAUUUUUUUCAGCAUGUUUAAAGAUAUUUAUCAAUCAAACCUAUGAAGUUAAAGAUUUCCUCUAUAAAUGUGUCUGUUUGAGGGGAAACAGCAGAUAAACAGCUGCUUUAGACAAACAAGAACAAAUAUGCCGUAUUAACAGAAGACGUAGGUAUCAGGUAAUAGCAGCAAGAAAAAUAUUACUUUUAAACUGUGACAGGAAGUGUGAGCGUGUUUGCACACGUGUACAGAUCAGGCAGUGACCGUGUGCACAGUAAGCUACCUGUAGUUGCUCAGGUGAGCUGGCCAGCUGCUGUGAAUGCUUAUUGGUUGUGUUAGCAUUUUUUCAAUGUUGCCGUCCGACUCGUCGAACCGCUCACGUUGAUCUCCGCACGUCUUUUUUCCCCUCGUUUUGAUGACAUCAGCAGCAGGGCUCUCUAAAUCCUAAAUGCUGAUUGGCUGAAGCAGAUGUUGUUCCAGAGGUGUGAUCCAGAUGUUGACCACAGUUAAAAUGUUCUGUGUUGGUGUUAUUGUGGAGGUAGCUAACAGCCCAGCAGAAUGAACCUGCUGAAAAUUCACAAAAGCACAGAAAAACUCAAAGAUUUCGCCCAGCUCGCUUCGAUCCGACUGCACCUUCCGAACAAUCAGCAAACAAUCAGCUGUUCGUACUGACCCGACCGUCCGAGCUCGCUUUAUUCAAAGGAAACCCCGGUGCAGUCUGACGACAGAGCUGAAGCCGUCUGGAUUUAUUUAUAGCUCUGCUGUAGCUAACCAGCUGUAACCGCAGCGUGUUUUUAGUGGAAUUGAAUCCAUUUUAAAGGAUGAAUGUAAACAAUGGUUAAUGAAAGCUAGGCUGACUAAAGCAAACCCAGUAUAAGCAUUUCUGUCGCGCUGUGCCGGUAACGGUAACUGUUUCGGCACAUUCAGCGUUAGUUCAUGUUUUUCUUAUAUCAACAAAAAGCUGCAGGCGUCACUGAAACGUCUGUGACUGAAAUCAGUGAGAGCUCAGAGGAAACACAACAACAUGAGUGUGUGUUUCUGUGGGUGUCAUUCAGGCUCCAGAGUGAACAAACACGAUGUGAAACGCCCAGUUUUAUCUCCUCACACGCUGACGCAGUGCUGUUUAUGUUUGUACGCUCAGGCCUGUAAGUUAUUGGAUCAUUCUGCUUCUGCACAUCACAGACUGAGCAGUCUGGAAUAAGCUCCUCCCUUUUUAACAACAGCUUUUGUCUGAUUGGCUGCAGACUGUAUGAGUGAGGGACUCAUGAGACCACAAUCUCCAAAUUAAACGAUAAGACCCGAGACGCCGACUGACACCAUAAGUGUUACUGACCUCCCAUUUUCUCAUAGACGUCUAUCAGAUUGGAGAGAUGUCGCCCCCUGGUGAUCGUUGGAGAGAAUGCAAGUUUAAUUUAAGCUGGCGUCCACUGUGGUGUGUGUGAAACUGCAGAGCUUGUGUCCACAAACUUACGGUCCUGACCUGCCUCCUCACUAACUGCUGAAAAACGACUUUUUACAUGUACUACUUCCUGUAGUUUGUCGCACACAGUAGAAAUACAGUAGAAAUACAGUAGAAAUACAGUAGAAAUACAGUAUUGGUGCAUCUGUGCUUGCUCUGCGACUUGGAUGUGAUCACAAGGUUCUGAGAACUCGUCCAGAAACGUCACCCGAUAUAAAUUCGGUGAUAUCCUGAUACCUGCUCAGUUUAAACCAGGUGAACUGUUUUGUCGUAUCGACCUGUUUCUGGUCCACGCGUCUCCUGCGAUGCACGAGGCUCUGUUUAACGUGCUGCAGACCUUUGACCUUUGACACGCUGUCCCGGACACCAAAUACCUGAACGCUCGGCGCUUGUUCGCAGCGAGUAGUCCAAACCACAGAGGAGCAGAUUAACGACUGGCCUCGUGCUGUGGGCGUUUGGUCCAUCGUCAGCGUCUUCUUCCAGCCACGUGAUGGCGUUUGCUUCCACCCAGCAGGGACACAACCUUUUACAGAGACCUGGACAUUCUAGCUCAUGAGGUAUCCAACCAAUCUUACCUCCAUCUCUGAAACUGCAGCCUGCCACUUAAAGAACAUCUCCAGACUCGAGCCAGACUCUCAGACUUUCAGCCUCUGCAGCUGAAACCUCUAUUCACGCCUUUCAUCGCCUCCCACCCCGACUACUGUAACGAUGCCCCGUUCCGUCGGCCAAUCACAGCCCUAGAUGAGUUCUGCAGUACGUUCAAAACUUCUCAGCCCCACCCAUAUGAGCCUCCACUAGCUCACAGUCAGUUCUGCAUCUCCUUUAAACCCCUCCCCUCGCCGACACCCCAGCCUGGACACCGCGGCGUGUCUGCGAGAACAGCCACGCUGAUCCCUCGACUGAGUUGGACCUUCUUCACCGUCUUCCUCAGAGUUUGGACCUGGAAACGUUGAUGACUAAGCAGACAGGUGGACCCGCUCUCAGAACCUUUGAGUCACACCUUGUGCGACAGGUCAGGUGUGUUCCUCCAGGUGUACGUCAUACUCACACAGUGUAGAUAACCAUCAGACAGUACUUAUACUGACUGCACAGACCUGCCUGUACACAUCACUCAUGAUCACCUGUCACUGUGUACAAAUGCAUUUGAUAAG